AUGGCGCCGCCACAACCCGCGGGGACGAUGAUACCGUUGCCUCCGACGGUGGGCUGGUCCGCGUGUGGCUUCGUCGCCGCCGUGCUCGCCCGCCUCAUCCACAAGGGCCUCGAGCUGCUGGCCGAGCUCGACGAGGCCGCCGCGGGCCACCUGCGCCGCCUCGAGGGCCUGCUCCCGUCCGUGUGGCGCGUGCUCGACUCCGCCGACGCGGGCGCCGUUGACUUGGGCGGGCGACCGCUGCAUGACCUGCUCGACGCUGCCUACGCCGCGGACGACGCCCUGAACGACACCGAAACCGCAGGCGCCAGCAGUGGCGGCGGACAUGGGAAAAGCUCCAGGGCGAAGACGAGCAGCAUUGAUCUGGACCCGUUCCGAGACGCGCUUGGGGUGAUGGCGCAAGCUGCUUACAGGUGCGCCUCGGCGUACGAGAACGUCGUGCCGGAGAAGAACUACGCCACGAUCGCCUCUGUUUGGCGGCGAACAGAGGACGCCGCCGCGGGGGAGAUCGAACAAGACGACAUCUUCGGGAGAGAAGCCGAGGUGGAGCAGAUCCUGCAGAACGUGAGGUUCAGCGACGACCCGCACUAUCGCCUCGGCGUCGGCAUCCUCCCCGUCACCGGGGACGCCGGGGUCGGCAAGACGGCGCUCGUGCACUUCGUCUUCCACCACGAGGUCACCAAGGCCGAGUUCCCUGUGCGGAUGUGGGUGCACGACUCUGGCCCGUUCCGGUUAAGGAAGCAGCUCAUGGAACAGAUGAUCCACGCAGCUGCCGGGCAGGAUCGUGACCCCGAGGACGCCAGGGAACUUCUGCACAAGGAAUUGGCAGGGAAGAGGUUCCUGCUCGUGCUUGAUGGCGUCACCGACGUCGUCGACAAGCAGUGGGGAGAUCUGAUGGAGGUGCUGCAACCGGCGGCGAGGAGGAGCUUGAUCAUGGUGACAACUGAUUCAGAAACUGUUGCGACAGCAGUAGGCACAAUGCCGAUGUUAACCCUGGGCCCUCUGGGAUCCGAUGAUUACCUGAAGAUGUUCAGGCAUUUCGCAUUUGGCAGGGCAGAUGACACUGAAGAAUGCACUCUGCUGGGAGACGAUUGGGACGACGUCGUCGAGGACGAAGAGGAGCUGUCACCGAUGGAAAAAAUUGCAUCAGAGUUAGCAAAGAGGAUGGUCAGUCUGCCGCUAUUGGCGCGGGCACUUGGGCUGGCGCUGCGCUUCCGGCAGGAUGAUGAAGACCACUGGAGAAACGUGCUGGAAGACAAGCUGUGGGAGAGCCAAGACCAAGAUGCCUGCCGGAUCUCACCGGCAUUGUGGCUGAGCUACCGUCACCUUGACCCCCGCCUCAAGCAGUGUUUCGCAUAUUGUGCAGUGCUCCCUGGUGACCAUGUCUUCAGAAAGGAAGAACUGGUGAACAUGUGGGUAUCACAGGGGCUGAUAUACUCUGAUCGUGCCGCCAUGAGGCUGGAGGACACUGGUGGUGAGUUCUUUGAUGAAUUGGUUCAGAGAUGCUUCUUUCAACCUCUUGCAAGUAAUAGAUUUGUAAUGCACAAGUCGAUGCUAGACCUAGCACGAGCAGUGGCAAUGAGCCGGUUCUUCAUGAUCACAGAUGAAAGCUCAGGAGAUAUCCCGCAGGAGGUUCGUCACCUGACGAUAAGGACAAGUAACCUGUCUAAGCUGAAGAGUGAUUUGGCUUUGCAGACUUGGUCUUCCCCUGAUCAUCAUUUCCUGUACCAAGUUCGGACAAUUCUGCUCUUCACAGGAGAUGUCAGCGAGUCAGAUGAGUUUCUGGAUGUUCUAGCUCAUAUUUUCUCCGUGGCAAAGACUGUGAGAGUCCUUGUCCUCUCAUGCGAAAACAUAACAUGUUUGCCUCCAGAGAUCAGCCAGCUCAGACACCUCCGCUAUCUCAACUUGUCAGGAAACAAAAUAAUUGACCUUCAAGAGACACUAUGCCAGCUUUACAACCUCCAAGUCCUGGAUGUUCGCAGCAACUCUCCUUCUCUGCAUCCUCCCGACGGCAUCACAAGUUUGAUUAACCUGAGGCAUCUGCAUGCAAGUGAGUCGUUCCUUUCGAGCAUAAGUGACAUACAUGGUCUCUCAAAUUUGCAACAACUGGAUGUAUUCCGUGUUGGUGGUAGCAUGCACAUCGACGCCUUGCGACGGAUGACUCAACUGCGAGGAAAACUUCAUGCUGGGGAUCUCCGUCAGAUGACUCAACUACGAGGAAAACUUCAUGCUGGGGAUCUCCGUCAGGUUGACAUUGGUGUGCUCAGCAAGGGCAUCCUGAAGGGAAUCUAUGAUGGCCAAAGCAAAGAGAUGUCCAAGGAUGAAGAAGUACUUGAGUGCUUGCAACCACACGACAAUCUAAGGUUCCUGAGAAUUGUGGGGUAUGGAGGCAUCAAAUUCCCAUCAUGGAUGACGAAGACAUCUAGUUCUUUGUUGAAUGUGACAUCCAUGUGCUUAACUGACUGCACAAACUGUAAGACCCUACCUCCCUUGCAUAUCCCGCCUAGGCUUGAGGUUCUUCAGAUCAGUAGGAUGCAUUCUAUCACUAAAGAGAAAACUGCCGUAGAACUUUGGCUCAAGCUGGAACCGAUCUACAUGUCUAAGGAUCUAACCAGUAAGAUGCACGUGAAGAUGAAGUUGUUCAUGCACAAGCUGCAAGAAGGUGGUUCGGUGAUGAACCACUUAUCGAUCUUUACGGAGAUCGUUGCCGACCUAGUGUCGAUGGAGAGUGGAGAUGUCAUGCGUAUGGGAGAUAACAACCCACGUGAGAUCAUGGGCAUUGGCUCCAUUCAGAUCAAGAUGCAUGAUGGCAUGAUACGCACACUAAAAGAUGUGAGACACAUACCAGGGAUGGCCAGAAAUCUCAUCUCCCUCAGCACACUUGAUGCCGAGGGGUACAGACACUCCGAUUCAGGAGAGACCUACUGGAUGGCUGGCCCUGUGGGUAAGAUGAAGUUCUAUGAGCACUGUGUUUUUGGUAUGCACAAGAGGUUGAGAGUUUUUGGUUGCACUGCUUAUACUCAUGUUGAUAAUGGAAAGCUAGAACCUAGAGCCAUUAAGUGUCUGUUUUUUGGUUAUGGUUCUGGAGUUAAAGGAUAUAAGUUAUGGAAUCCUGAAACUAAAAAGACUUUUAUGAGCAGGAGCAUUGUUUUCAAUGAAUCUGUUAUGUUUAAUGAUAGCUUGUCCAUAGAUGUUUCUCCAGUUGGUUCUGGUGAGAAGCAUCAACAUGUUAGUAUGCAGGUGGAGCACGUAGAUGAUCAGGAAACUGAAAUUGUUGAUAAUAAUGUUCAUGAUAUUGUUCAACACUCACCUCCUAUUUUGCAGCCUCAAAAUCAGUUUAUUACAGAUCGCAGAACAAAGAGGAAUUGUGGACCUCGACCACGUUUAAUUGAGGAAUGUGAUAUUGUUCAUUAUGCCUUUAGUGGUGCUAAACAGGUGGAGAACAUUCAUGAGCCGACUACGUACACUAAAGUUGUUGUUUCUGGUGACCGAGAUGCAGUCACUCGAAAAAAUGGCACAUGGGUUGUUGUGCGCUUGCCUAAACAAAAGAAGGCCGUUCGUUGUAAAUGGAUCUUCAAGAGAAAGGAGGGUUUAUCUUCUAGUGAGCCUCCAAGAUUUAAGGCAAGAUUAUCAGCUUUACAAUAUGCUAGUACGGAUGAGGAUUUUGAGUACAUGUCAAGAGUUCCAUAUUCUAGUGUUGUUGGUUCUUUAAUUUAUGCUAUGGUUUGCUCUCAUCCUGAUUUAUCAUAUGCUAUGGGUUUGGUUAGUAGAUACAUGGCUAAUCCUGAUAAAGAACACUGGAAAGCUGUUCAGUGGAUUUUCAGGUACCUUCGUGGCACAACAAAUGCGUGUUUGAAGUUUGGCAAGACAGAUAAGGGACUCACUGGCUACGUGGAUUCAGAUUUUGCUGCCGAUUUGGAUAAGAGGACAUCUCUCAUAGGUUAUGUGUUCACUAUUGGUGGUUGUGCUGUGAGUUGGAGGGCAACAUUGCAGCCUGUUGUUGCCAUGUCUACCACUGAAGCAGAAUACAUGGCCGUUGCUGAAGCAUUCGAGAAUGUUGGUUUCACUGAUCUUCCCCUUUCACUGACAGUCAUGGUCGUCGAGAAUGUUGGUUUCGAGACGCCGCCAAGAAUUCAUGAUAAGCAAGCAUCAACAGAAGAAGCCUUGGAAGCAACAUCAAAAGAAGGCAGCGUCAUCUGCGACAUCCCUGAUGGGUUCAAAGAUCUAACUGAACUGAGGGACAUCUCCCUAUAUGACUGCCCCAAGAUGGUUGUCGACAAGUUCCACACCUCGGUGCGAACAGUGGAGAUCAGUGAGUGUUUCGUUGCACAUGGUAGAUGGACGGAUGAGGAUCCAUUCCUCUUCUCGGUUUGGAACCUGAAAAUAACUGGGUGCUCCCACGUAAGCAGCGAUCAGGUCAGCAAGAUAGAGCAUUUGGACUGGUUGAGCUCCCUGCUCAAUGUGUACAACCUUCACCUGGAGAACACAGUGCUUAUGAGAUUAUACAUGUUCGACCAGCUCCCUUCUCUUGAGAUUCUAGACAUUGAUGGAUGUGAUGCAUUCUUUGCUGAUUUAUCUGACUUCGCUUGGCUUGAGAAGCUGCAGGUCCUCAACAUUAGGAACUGUAGGGAAAUGAGUGGGCUUCCGGAGAACUUAUGCAGGCUUCCUGCAUUGGAAGAGCUGUGUGUUCAGAACUGUCCGGACAUUGAGGCAUUGCCAGAGAACGGCCUGCCAACAUCUCUGAAAAGACUUUCAAUCUCUAAUUGUGGUCUUCGGCUGACUAAGCGGUGUCUUGAUGAUGAACUUGACAGGCCAAAGAUUGCACUGAUUGGCACAGUUUAUAUUGACGGGAAAUGCAUUCGGCCAAAAUGA